AGAACUUCCAUCCACUGGCAUGGCAUCAGACAGUUUGGUGAGGGUAACCAGGACGGAGCAAAUGGUGUCACAGAAUGUCCAAUUCCACCAGGUUCCAUGAAAAGCUACACCUUCCAUGUCACCCAAUAUGGCACUUCUUGGUACCAUAGCCACUACUCCAACCAGUACGGUAACGGAGUGGUAGGAGCACUCAUCGUCAACGGACCUGCUUCCGCCAACUAUGACAUUGACCUCGGCCCGUACAUGAUCCAGGACUACUACCGCCAAACCGCGGAUCGUCUUCAUUAUGUUGCUGAGCUUGUCCAGAACGGUCCUCCACCUGACAGCAGCACCAUAACCUUCCGCGGAAAGAGCAUUAACCCAACUGGAUCCGGCGGUUCGUACGAUCGGCUGGUUCUUACCCCCGGAAAAAAGCAUCUGCUGCGUCUCAUCAACGCCAGCGUGGACAACUCCUUCACCAUCUCGCUCGUCGGCCACAACUUCACCGUCAUCUCCACCGAUCUCGUCCCCAUCACACCCGUGGUUCGCAGCAAGCUCUUCAUGGCCGUCGGGCAGCGUUACGAUGUCAUCGUUGAAGCCAACCAGGCAGUUGGCAACUACUGGCUCAAUGCCACGCUUGAGGCCGCCGGCAACUGCGGCACCAGCCAGAACAAGUUCCCCGCCGCCAUCAUCCAAUACUCCGGCGCCAGUAGCACCGCCCUACCCACCAACAAGGGCACACCCGUAACGGCCGCCUGUGCAGGCGAAUCCGGCUUUGCGCCCAUCGUCAAGCGCACCAUCUCCUCCUCCCUCUUUGCCCCUUCCACUCUUCCUAUCUCCCUCAACACUCCCACCAAGCCCCAGGGCCAGGUCUUUGAGUGGCGGAUCCGCAACACCCCCAUCGUCGUCGAAUGGGACCAUCCCGUGCUCGAAUACAUCCUCGAAGGGAACAACUCCUUCCCCGCAGCCAUCAACCUCGUCGAGGUUCCCUCCGCAGACACCUGGACCUUCUGGGUGCUUCAAAACGACUUUGCCCUUCCGCACCCCAUCCACUUACACGGGCACGACUUCCUCACUCUCGGCAUUGGCACCGGUACGUUCUCCGCCAGCACUAUGCUCAACCAACUCAACUUCAACAACCCCAUCCGCCGCGACGUCGUGCAAAUACCAGGUGGGGGAUGGCUGGUGAUGGCCUACAAGACGGAUAACCCGGGGUUGUGGUUGAUGCAUUGUCAUAUCGGCUGGCAUGUGGCGAUGGGAUUGGGGAUCCAGUUUUUGGAGAGGAAGAGCGAGAUCAAGCAGUUGAUGAAGCUGGAUCAAAUGGAGCCGAAUUGUGAGGCGUGGCGAACGUAUCAGCCUCAGAGUCCGUAUUUGCCCAAGGUGGAUUCGGGGCUGAAGAGGGGGUUGGGGGAUGGUGAGGGGGUGAGGCUGGUUAGGGAUGGGUUCAACUUUAGGGAGGUGGGCUUGGAAGCUAGGGAGCCGGCUGUGAGAAGGCUUUGGUAG